AUGCACACGAACUUGGUGGUCCGUGAUCAAGCGCUCACACUGAAACCCGGCGUGCUUUCUUCGCUAUUAUUACGUCCUUCACUAGACCACGGAAAGACACUCUCAGCAUUUUAUACAAGUCAUGUGAUGUUAGGGAUUAAGCCCCAUUGUGACUGUUUUUUCGCGACCUCCCAGAUCCCGCAUUUUCGACAUCCAGAGAGUCUGAUUAUGUAAUUUUCCGCUCGGAUUAGUGUGAAUACUAACACUGCGAUCGUUCGCUGUACGCAGGCAGGAACUCUCAAGUGGAUAAUGAAAAUUUUCAUGAAAAAUUAAAGUAAACUUAAAGGUAUUAUACUAUCACCAAAAGUUUAGUUUAGACAGAUCAAUUAAAAUGGUUCGUUACGCUGCUACAUCUGCUAACCCAGCUAAAUCAGCUUCUGCUCGUGGUUCAUACUUAAGAGUUUCCUACAAGAACACUCGUGAAACCGCCCAAGCCAUCAGCGGAUGGAACUUGGAAAGAGCUCAAAAAUACUUAGACCAAGUCUUAGACCACCAAAGAGCCGUCCCAUUCCGUCGUUUCAAUUCAUCCAUUGGACGUACCGGUCAAGGUAAAGAAUUUGGUGUCACCAAGGCUAGAUGGCCAGUCAAGUCCGUUAACUUCAUUAAGGAUUUAUUAAGAAACGGACAAGCUAACGCUGAAGUAUGUAUAUUUGAAGACACUAGGAACACACACACACAUGAACGCAAUGCGAAUAGAAUACUAACAUAUAUAUAGUCCAAGGGUUUAGACGUCUCUAAAUUGAAGGUUUCCCACAUUCAAGUUAACCAAGCUCCAAAACAAAGAAGAAGAACUUACAGAGCUCACGGUAGAAUUAACGCUUACCAAUCUUCCCCAUGUCACAUUGAACUUAUCUUAACCGAAGAAAACGAAGCCGUUGAAAAGGCUGACGACUCCAAGAAGGUCAGAUUAAACGUCAGACAAAGAGGUAGAUUAGCUACUCAAAAGCGUGUAACUGCUGCUUAA